AUGGAUAAGAAUACUAGAUACUUCCAUAACAUUGCCUCGGUCAGAAGACGGAAUAACAAGAUCGACACCCUGAUGAUACAUGGAAGACUUGUACGGAAUCAGGCGAGAAUAAAAGGUGCAAUUAGAGGGUUCUACAAGGACUUAUAUAAACAAGAUUAUGCUCCGAGGAUUGGAAUCAGAGAUGGCUUAAUGAAGCAGAUCCAUAGGGAUGAGGCUGAAACACUGGAAGUGAUGCCAUCGGAGGAGGAAAUCAAGGAGGCCGUGUGGGACUGCGAAUCUUCAAAGGCACCAGGGAGUGAUGGGUAUAACAUGAACUUCAUAAAGAGAUGCUGGGAGGACAUUGGGCUGGAAUUCAUUGCAGCAGUACUGGGGUUCUUUCACGGUACUAAGUUGCCGCCGGAUGAAGAUGGGCUUCGGCCAACAAUGGAGGAAGUGGGUGAAGGAGUGUGUUACUAUGGCCACCAUAUCAGUCCUGGUAAACGGGUCACCAUCCAAGCCAUUCAAGAUGGGGAGGGGACUAAGACAAGGAGACCCACUUUCUCUACUACUAUUCGUGCUAGUGGUCGAUGCUUGCACAUGAUGGUGGGGAAAGCUGUCAGAAAUGGGCGCAUUGCUCCGUUACUGGUAGGGAGCGCUCAUGUUGAACUGUCACACUUACAAUUUGCGGAUGACACCAUUUUGUUCUGCCCGCCAGUGACUGAAACAAUCCUAAACUAUAAGAGACUGCUGCGGUGUUUUGAGUUGAUAUCUGGACUGAGUAUCAAUUUUGGUAAGUCGAAUUUGAUAUCGGUAAAUUGGGAUCAAGGAUGGAUUGAUCACGCGUUUGGGCUACUGGGAUGCCAGCAAGCCGCUCUACCGGUUAGAUAUCUGGGAAUCUCUCUAGGAGCGAAUCCGCGCCUGGUGAAGACUUGGAAACCAAUCAUCGAUAAAGUGGAACAGAAGCAUAGCUUAUGGAAAGCGAAGGUGUUGAAUAAAUCAGGUAAGCUUGUACUUAUUAAAUCGGUCCUGAAUAGCCUCCCUAUAUAUUAUCUAAGUCUGUACAAGAUGCCGAAAGCGGUGGCAGACAAACUGAUUGCUCUGCAAAGGAACUUUAUGUGGUGCAAGGAAAACGGUAACUCUGGUAUAGCUUUGGAAGAUAACUGGGUUCAAGGUGGUGCUCUCAAACUGAGUUUUUCAAGGCUCUACUCUAUUUCAAGCCAGCAAGGGGUUAUCAUUGGAGAUUGUGGUUUUUGGGAUGGACUAGAAUGGAUAUGGAAUUUUCAAUGGAGGAGGGAGUUGUUUCAAUGGGAGCUGGAACUUGUCCAUCAGCUCCAUGAGAGAUUAAGGUCAGUGAAGCUGUCAGCUGAUCGGGAGGACAAUAUGGUGUGGAAGUUUGAAAAUAAAGGUGUCUUUUCAACUAGCUCUAUGAUCCAGGCCAUACAAUCGAAGACACUGCCGGCUGAGCUUACGAGCUAUAGCUUCACGAGCUCCCUUUGGAAAGGUUUUGUACCUCUGAGAAUUGAGCUUUUUGGGUGGUUUGUGCUAGUUGGUAGAGUGAACACCAAGGAGAGGUUGACUAAGCUAGGAGUUAACAUUCUGAGUGAUAGUAUGUGUGUACUAUGUACCAAGGAAAUCGAAUCUACUGAGCAUUUAUUUCUUCGGUGUGAGGUUACAUGGCAGGUGUGGUGCAAGUGGUUGAGGGCACUUCGUCAAGAGUGGGUAAUUCCUGGAACCAUUAAAGAACUCUUUGAGAGUUGGCGUGGCAUGCACGAUAAACAACAAGAGUAG